AUGGAUCUCCUUCCAGAAAACAUCCAAGCCCUCCUCCAACACCCCGCAAUCUCCUACAUCCGCACCUCAACCCAAGACCAACUAUCAACACACCUAUCCCACCUACGCUCAACCUACGUCCAACCAUACAUUAUCGGUCCCCUCUCCACAUUUCUAACCUCAACAAGCACCGCAGCAAUGCCAGACCUCAUCUCCGUCUUCAUGUUACUAGUUAUCCUCUUCAUUUCCCUUAAAAUCCUCGACUAUGCGCGCCGCGUAGUAAUGUUUUGGGUAACGCUGGCAUUCCGAUUUGUCUUCUGGGGCUCUCUACUUGGACUAGGAUUUUACGUGUACAAGGUUGGCGUGGAAAAUGCAGGACGGGAUCUUGGUUGGGUGUGGGGUGUUGUGAUGGGGUUUGUGGAGGAUUUUCAGGCUAGAAGUGCUGCGAAUGCGGGUGGUGCUGGCAGUGGUCCAGGUUGGGGGCGGGAUGCAGGUGCAGGAUCUAGAUCUGGGUCGACGAGGGGAAGUCGUGGGGCUUAUUGGUAA